CUUGCCGAACUUACUGCACAGCCUGCGGCGAUGUCUUUCCCAUCUUUCUCACUGGAAGUCCUUAGCAAACCAGACCAGUCCAACAUGGCAGUUGCAUCAUUACCUCCCGAAAUUGAAGCCGCACUUCAACGACUCAGUCAAGAUCUACAAAUCGUUCAUCAUUAUGCAAUAGCAGAAGAAGUAACUGCUAGGACCGCAUUGGACGAAAAAAUGCCUGUCCUUCAGAAUGAAGUUGCCGAAAACAGGAAGAAACUAAAGCAGAUGGAAGAGCUAAUGCGAACGUUAAAACGAAAUGACGAAGUUGCUUAUCGUGAAAUGGCUAAGCUUGAGGAGGACUACCGGGUUGCUGUUGAGCGUAGGCAGAGAGUCGAGGCUUUUCCUAACAGCAAUGGUCUAGUUGAUUUUGUCUGUUCUGGCGUUUCUGCUGCCAUAGAAUCCGACACUUCCGACCUUGUCCCUGGGAGAAAAGUCUCAUCUACUGCACCGCAAGCAGCGCACAAUACCGGCCAACCAGAGUCGCCAGUUCAAUCGGAUAAACAAUGUGCCUCUUUGACUGAGGCUUUCCUAGAAAAGAGAGCAGCCAAAGAAGGCCUUGAGAGCAAACCAAAACGACCGAGGCUGACAUCGGAGGCUGAGAAGGCCUCGAUCAGCUUUAAUGAAGUAUACGGCGACGGAAACUCCACGCAUAAACACAAGAUCGUGAAUUACGAGGGUAAAUGGUUCAUUCUUAAGUGUGAUGAGCAUGGUAUUCAUUUCCCGUAUAACGCCGUCGUUGCGGCUGGGUGUCAUUUGAGAAGCCACUCUCAUGGUGGAACUUCAUCAUCUUUGUCUGCAGUUGUUAAAGCAUUCGGCAUUCGAGUAAAUGACUGCAGUCAUGAAAAGGCCGAGCUUAACAACAAGAUGUUCCUUAACGCUUUGAGUAAUGGAUACCGAGUGUUGAAGUCUUCCAAUUCUCAAGGCGAACAGGAGAAUUUGCCGUGUACGACCAUUGGCGGUGUCUCACAACGCUCAGACUCUCAAAACAAACCUCUCAACAGCGAAACCGCAGAAGAGAUAGUGGUGGCUUUAUCGAACAACUACGAUUCAAUCCCCAGGAGUUUUGUUGUUCCGGGAGGGUCGUCAACGGCACCAGAGUCUGCCACACAGAGUGUCGACAAUCAGCUGGCUGGAAUGAGUUCUCAAAACAGUGACUCGUUGGUGUUCAGAAUCAGUAGCGUCACGAAGUCGCCUAAUAAUAACAGUGGUCUUCGUUCUGCUUACAGGCGUACCCCUAGCAACGACAAUUCUCAUUCCAAUAGCUAUGACGAGCCUACGAGACAGGCUUCUGCCUUACGGUCCGACAAACAGGUACAUGUUCCUUUGAACAGCAAACCAACGGACGAAUGGUCUCACCAGGCAACAGAGACGGUAUCCGGACGCAAACUAUUGCUCACCAAUAGCGAAAGGGAGUUGACGCUUGAACCGGGUUCUGUGGACAACAGCAACUCCAUCAGCGCGGGUCAAUGGUGGCAUGUUGUUAGCGGGCACAGUCAUGAUCCAGCCCAGUAGUAAAUAUCCUUAUUCUUUCUGCGAUUGGUGGCUUCCCCUCUCAUCGUUAUGGCUGAAGUCGAUUUCAAAGACAAGACCGCCAGCGAAGUACGACAGUAUUCAUUUUCAGAUGUGGGUGGCAGAUUUAUUCAGGUCCACGUCGGCGGAAGGCCAUAGAGAAGACAACGCUCUUCCCAUCUGGACUUGACGCUUGAUAUUAAUGUAUGAUGUAACAAAUCCG